UCAACCUUUAUAAGUCUCAUUGGCAAGUGACACAAAAAAGGGUCACGCCCCAUUAACUUCCCUUUAUUUCUUCUCUUCUCUUCUCCUCUCCCAAACCAAACCAUGAGUACUACUAUUCAACAACCUCAUAACUCCGAAACCAAAACCAUCUCCAACAAUUCACCACCCCAAUCCUCACAAUCACCAUCCCAAUCCCAAAAAAUCAAACGCAUUAGAGACGCAAACACAAACACAAACAAGCAUCCACUCUACCGCGGCGUCCGUAUGCGAAACUGGGGAAAAUGGGUGUCUGAAAUCCGCGAGCCGAAGAAAAAGUCCCGAAUAUGGCUCGGCACAUUCCCAACUCCAGAAAUGGCUGCUCGAGCCCACGACGUAGCCGCUCUCAGCAUCAAAGGAAAUGCUGCCAUUCUCAAUUUCCCCGAGUUAGCCAACUCGCUCCCCCGCCCGGCUUCAGUCUCUCCCCGGGAUGUUCAGGCCGCUGCUACGAAAGCCGCUCACAUGGAGUUUCCUUCUUCAGCAACCCCGUAUGAGUUGAGUGAGAUCAUUGAACUUCCUAGCUUAGAAAACAGUGGUGAAUUCGAGAAGGAGUUUGUCUUUAUGGACUCUAUCGACGCUUCGUGGAUGUUUCAGCCUCCUUGCUUGCACACCAUGGAAGAUGUUCUUUGGAGUGGAGGUUAUAGUAACUAUGGCUAGCUUCAGAUGAGUUUGAUGAUUUUACUAUAAAGCCCUUCACCGAUAUUUCUCUCAGAUGUUUUCUCUAUUCUUGUUCUGUAUAAAUCUCUUCUUUUUGUUCUUCUUAGUUUUGGUCUGUGUCUCUGCAGCCACUUGUGGUUUUUCUGUUAUGAGUAUGCUGCUGUGUCUUUUGUUUCUGUGUGUUUUUUAUUCUCUCAAUUGAAUUGUAAUUAUUGUUAGAAAUAAAUAAAUAAAUAAAUAAAUAAGAGAGAAAAAGUCGUUUUUUUUAAUAAGUCAUUAGUAUAUUAGUCGAUAUGUUAGUAUUUUCUACUCGUCAGUGGAUUGAAUCUUUUAACUUCUUCA